AUGCAAAAUCCUCAAUCCAGAGAGGACUCGAAUAAGAGAGAAAGGAGUACACCUCCUCCUCCCCCAGAACGACCCAGAUCUCCCUCCAGUGCCUCUUUUCUUUUAAACUUUGAUAAAAAGACUGUGGUGAACACUGGAACUCCUGGAGCUUUAAGGAGAAGUGGUGGUGUUGGUGUUGGCUCAUCAUCGUCUCCCUCACCAGUGAUGAUGGGAAGUAAGACCAAUCGGACACCACCUCCAUCCAAAACCAGUAGUAGUAGUAGUAGUAUUUCGACCACCACCACCACCACUAGUAGUACUAGUAAUAGUAGUAGCAGUGUUUCGACCACAACCAGUAGUGGAUUAAAACCAAAACCUUUUGCUCUCAAUGAAUUUAAGGAUGAGAUUUUAAAUCUUUCAAAUUCCACACCCAGUACUGUGGUGGAGCAAGUGGAGGAAUUCAAGUUUGGUGAUUUGAUUGUAGUGUCCAAUCGUUUACCCAUGACCAUUAGUAGAAAUCCAAAUGCAAAAUCGACUUUUGCCACAGGAUUGAAUUCUUCUUCUCAAAAGAUCUCGUGCAAUGAUUCACAAAAUUCUUCUCAUGGAGUGUCGGAUGGAAAGAAGGCAACUGCCAUGAUGAUGCAUCAUCAUAAUCACCAUUCAGGAACGAACAAACCACAUGAACAACAACAGCAUAAUCAACAACAACAAGUACCACCUCAUCAAGAAAGCACACCUUCCAAUUUCUUGUUUAAAAAGAGUAGUGGAGGUCUUGUUACAGCUCUCACUGGAAUGUGUAAGGGUCAAUUCAAAAAAGACUUUAAAUGGAUUGGAUGGAUUGGAACUGCAGAGUUUGAAUUGGAGGAAGAGAAAGAAGAGCUGAGAAAUGAACUUGCCAAUUUCAAUCAGUUUCCAGUAUUCUUGGAAGCCGAGGAAGCACACAAGUAUUACGAUGGAUUCAGUAAUGGAGUUUUGUGGCCUCUCUUUCAUUACUUGUAUGAAAAGAAUGUCACAUUCAAUAUGGCAGAAUGGGAGGCUUAUCAAAGAGUGAAUGAAAAGUUUGCAGAUGCUGUUUUGGAAGUCUAUAAGGAAAAUGACGCUGUUUGGAUUCAUGAUUAUCAUUUAAUGCUAUUACCAGCCAUUCUCAGACAACGUCGACCAGAUAUUAACAUUGCCUUCUUCCUUCACAUUCCAUUUCCUUCAAGUGAAAUUUAUCGAAUUCUUCCUGUUCGUUCACAACUCUUGGAAGGUCUGUUGGCGUCGAAUAUGGUUGCAUUUCACACGUAUGACUUUGCAAGACAUUUUCUUUCAAGUUGCACUCGUACUCUCGGUUCUGACACAACUCCUCGUGGCUUGCUUCAUAAGGGUCUUUUCGUCUCUGUGCACUCUCUACCCAUCGGAAUUGAUCCAAACAUGUUUCGUGAAGGUGUUCAAAGUGAAGAUUGUCGAAAGAUCUUGGAUGAUUUCAAGAAUGUGAAAUAUAAGGGAAAGAAAAUUGUGUUGGGUAUCGAUCGUUUGGAUUACACAAAAGGAGUGCAAUUGAAAUUCGAGGCCUUUGAAAAGUUCUUGACAAAUUAUCCACAAUACGCCAAUGAUACUGUGUUGAUUCAAGUCGGUGUUCCCACACGACCCAAUGUUCUUGAAUAUCAAGAAUUGUUGAGUAAUGUCAAUGAAACAACUGGAAGAAUUAAUUCCACAUUUGGAACAUUGACUCAUGGAUUUCCUGUUCAUUUCCUGUACAAGAGCGUGGCCUUGCCUGAAUUAUGUGCAUUGUAUACCUUGGCUGACGUAUGUUUGGUCACGUCCAUUCGAGAUGGAAUGAAUUUGGUGAGUUCUGAAUAUGUGGUUUGUCAAGACGAAGCAGUUCGAUUGGGACUGAAGGCUGUCAAGGAACUGGGUGUGUUGAUAUUGAGCGAAUUUGCUGGAGCGGCUCGAUCUCUGGGAGGUUCUAUCAUUAUUAAUCCCAAUAUUUCCAUCAUUAUGAGAAACACUGCAUCCCAAUGGGCCUGUGAUUUCAUGCAAGAAUUUGAAGCUGCUUGUAGAUAUCAAAAAGAUCCUACUGUUUUCAACAAGCUCACUUUGAAGGGUCUUCCUGUCUUGAAACCUGAAAGACUCAUUCCAGAAUAUCAAUCUGAACAAAAGAGACUCUUCCUCUUUGACUAUGAUGGAACGUUGGUUAAGCUGGCUCGAAAUCCAAUGUUGGCAUUGCCUUCCGAACGUUGUAUUGAAAUGCUGAAACAUCUCUGUAGUGAUCCAAAUAAUCAUGUCUAUGUCAUUACUGGAAGAGAUCAAUAUCAAAUGACUGAAUUCGUAGGAGCCAUUAAGGAACUUGGUAUUGCAAGUGAACAUGGACUCUUUUGUAGACAUCCAAAUUCAGAAGAGUUCACCUCAUCGUUGUAUAAUAUUGACUUGGAAUCAUUGGAUUGGAUUGAAAUGGUCAGGGAAAUUCUGGAGCAUGUCUCGAGUCGAACUCCAGGUUCAUUUGUUGAGGUGAAACGAUCCUCUCUCGCAUUCCACUAUCGUAAUUCCGAUCCAGAUUAUGGCGAGUGGAUUGUCAAUGAACUCAAACUUCAUUUAGAAAUGGCUUUCAACUCUCUUCCAUUAGAAAUUAUAAAGGGAAGAAAUAAGGUAUUAGAAAUUCGACCUCAAUCGGUGAGCAAGGGUGCCUGUGCCAGAAAGUUGAUUGAGAGAGGAGAUUAUGGAUUCAUUUUCUGUGCUGGAGAUGAUAACACAGAUGAAGCCAUGUUUGAAGAGGUGGAAAGACACUCUCGCAAAUACCUCACACCCAUGUCACCCACACCUUCCACUCCCACAUUGGGAACACCAUCUCAAGUAACAAGUGGAAGUGAAUCUCCACCGUGGAGUCCAAAACCGGCACAAGGUCAUUCACCUCAAUCACCUCAUCGUUACUCUCCUGCUGUGGGUGGAUUUUCAAGAAAUACCUCCAAUAUUACACCAAAAAGCGUCUUUUCUGUUUUUGUUGGUAAUGAUAAGAUUGUCACUAAGGCAAGGUAUCAUGUAGGAAGUGUGGAUCAUCUCAUGAAACUGCUCGAGGGAUUGCCUGUCCCCUCAAAUCAUUAG